UUGAAUGUAAAGGCGUGGUUUAGGCAAUAAAAAUUGAAAUUAUAAGCCAUGGUAGGCCACAGCGGGGAAGUGCCAGUUCGACCACAACUGUCUCCGCACCAAGCUCAAUCACCACAGCCAGAUUUACCGGUUUUUAUACCGCCACGAAAACGGCAAGCCGGAAAGAAAUCCUUCCUCGGCAAUCAUGUGGAUCACAUUGUUCAUUUACAGGGUAACAAAAAAGACUGGGAUUUAUCGGCGGAACAGGACGAUGUAAGGAACGCAAAACGAUGGAAUAGCGAGGAGAUAAUCGAAAUCAAUGGUAGCAAAUGCAAUAGUCGGGGAGAACACUUAGACGAGGAUGAUGAUCUUAACGAACUGCAGCAAUUUCAUCCACUUAAGGACAGUUCGACCGUCACACCAAGCAGCAUAUCGGAGAGUAGCCUGGAUAGAAAGUCUAGCAAAUCUCACGAACUGCUAACCGGAAGCGGAAAACGAUCUAAGAAGCGUGUCAAUAUUAGAACAGAUGUUGACGAAAUCAGCAGCAGGCAGUCACCGUCGGCUGUCUGCAAUUAUGAAGAUUUGGAAUCUGGCGAGACGAGCGUUUUGAAUGCCGAUAUGGAUCAGUACAGUCUAGAUCGGUACAACAGCAGGCGAUCGAUGUCUCCGGAUAAUUAUUUAACUCUGACUGGAACCAUCAAGCGUGGUCGAAAGAAAGGUCAAUCAAUGGACGUGCAGCUGAACAUAUCCCGGGAAGAGCUCGAGCAAAUCAACAAGCAAGCACUGGCGGCCCACGAGGAAGUAUGUCGAACAAAGCGUAAUUGUUGCUGCCAGUGUACCCUCCGCGCUGGAGUCCACAUCCUUCUGCUGUCGAUUAUCUGCUUUCCCUUCGUCAUACUAACCACUGGCAUUUAUUCGUUCUACAUCGGAACCGUCACGUGGUACAACAUGUUCACCUACUUUAACGAGGAAAAAUCAUAUCUACACAAACUGCUAAUGUCACCGCUCCUGAUUCUGGCCUAUCCGUUGGUGAUUGUCCUGUGCACACUGGGCUUGGGAAUCUACGCUGGAAUCAAGCAAGUCAGCUUACAUUUUACCGCCUGGAUCAAUGAGAUAUGUGACAUCGAAAAAGGUUUCUACGGAUGGCUGUGCUCUUUCCUGCACCUCUCCGAUUGCAGUCCUUACGAGGUGGUUAUUUUAACGGACAUUUAUCCGCCGGGAGGUACGGGUGUGGGACCAGAUAGGCCACUUCAGAGCGAAUCGACACAAAUCAACUCUUCCACCGAGGAAUUGUCGUUAUAAAGAGUGAUAGAUGUGCGUGUGUGUACAUAUAGCCGGUAAAGCACAAAUCGGAAGUUCGCUAGUAAUGUGACUAGCGAAGCAUAUUAUCAAUCGAAGCAUUUCGAUUUUCGUCUCAACAGACAAUAUGAUAUCUUCGAAGUGAGUCUGCUAGUGUUAAAUUUGUUUUUGAGUUGCAUCCCUCACCCUUUAAAUAUUGUAAAAGCCACGAGGGACCACAAUUAGACGUCUUCGCUUACUGAAAAGCUUAAGUUUACGUUUAGACUUGUCUUGACGCAAUAGGCUAUAUUUGAAGCAAUCUGAUGCGGAACCAUCAAU